AUGCAUCGCUCUCUCACCAGAUGCGCGUCAUGUCGCAUCUCGAUACUCGAUGCAUUCACGUCACUUGCAGGCAUUUCAUCAUCGACAGCAGCAAGACGACAACCAAUUUUGCGAUUGCACGUGAAGCCAGCCCGACAGUUUAGCGCAUUCAGACCAUUAAAGCAAUCGCCAUCUCCUCCGGCGCCUGAAGACUCGGAAACCCUGCACUCAAUCCCACAAUCCGAGACAGUUGAGUCUGAGACGUCAGUACCCUGGUAUCUGCAGGUCGAAGAACCUGCACCACCCAGCACACCCAUCCUACCACUGCUAUCCCGACAAGAGAUCCCACCACUACCGGAGAACCCGCCUCCGAUACUCUCUCCGGUCCUCGAAUUUCUGUCUACCCAGAUAGGUCUAGAUGACCUCGUCCUGCUGGACCUCCGCCACCUCGAUCCUCCACCUGCACUCGGAUCCAAUCUUCUGAUGAUCAUUGGGACAGCACGAAGUGUCAAGCAUCUGAACGUUUCUGCCGAUAGACUAUGUCGAUGGGUCAGAAAAGAAUACAAAUUGCGACCAUUCGCGGAUGGGCUGCUUGGGCGGAACGAGUUGAAGUUGAAGCUGCGGCGGAAGGCAAGAAGGCUGAAAAUGGCUCAGAGUGUUGGCAACACCACAAUGGAACAGUCGAAUGUCGAUGAUGGGAUCACGACUGGCUGGAUCUGUGUCAAUAUGGGUCUGGUUGAUGUGGAUAUUCCUUCCAGUCAAGCAUAUGUCAUUGGCGAUCAAGCGCAAAGCCAAAUCGAGGAGGAUGGCGCAGAGGAGGAAGAAUAUGUGAACCCACCGGAAGAGGAUACCUACGUCGGAUUUGGCAGCCAGAGCACGGCUCCUCGCAUCGUGGUGCAGAUGUUCACAGAUGAGAAAAGAGCCGACAUGGACCUCGAAGGUCUCUGGGCAGGACGAAACACACGACGAGCGAGGCAGGCACAGAAAGCCGAUGCCAUCUUCGGAUACAGUGUUCUCGAAGAAGAUGCCGCGUUUGAAGCUAGCGGCAUCGAAGAACACCAUCCUGAAGAUGGAGCCGGAAAGCGGGAGAUGGAGAGGUCGUGGAACGAGAGCAGGACCAUCGUAUCAGACGAAGUGGAUUCUCUCGAAACGCAAGAUCAUUUGAUCCAAUCCGAGUCUCGACACCAAAAGGGUAAGAGGUAA